AUGCCCCCAUUUCGAGUUCGAUUUGCCCCGCAAGUGGGGAUUCUACACAACACCGAGUCAGGGCCGAGGACCGAGCCAAACUCUCUCGACAACUCAUCACCCACCCACCAACGAAGUCACUUGGGCUGCCGCGAGUGCCGACAACGAAAGGUCAAGUGUGACGAGACGUUCCCCGUAUGCAAAAGAUGCCAACGGCGCGGCUCCGUGUGCCAGCCUGCCCUCCGCGCAUCACAAUGGCGGCUCGAAGUUCCUUGGCUGGGAGAUCCUGGUCAAAGCAAGACUUUCAUAACCCUCAAGACAACCGCCAAAGUUGAUUCUCGAUUAAUGCGAUAUUGGCUCGAAGGAAUGAGCCAAAUACUGGCACUAGACCCAAGCAACAAUCCGUUCUCAUUCCCAAUUCUCAAAUAUGUCUCCACGUCGCCUUCUCUGGUCUAUGUUCUUCAAGGCGUAAGCGCUGCACACGAACAAUAUUUUCAACAGUCCAACAUGUCGACUAGUCUAGAGGAGCGGAGCAAGGCAUUGGCUUCCUUGCGGAUGGAGCUGCAGACCAGUGGGUCCUUGUCACAUUCUUUCCUUGCUCUACUGAUGUUGGGCAUGUCCUCGUCGUGGAUAACGAUGGGCCCAGAUGACUACGGCAGGGAGCAUCUUCUGGCCGCCCGAACUGUAGCGGAGAUGGUCGUUGAGAAAAAUGAUUCGCAAAUCACCGAAUUGGACCACCUCAACAUGGGAAUCUAUGUCUACUGGGAUAUGGCUUGUUCAUUUUGCCUCGAUCCUGCGGACCACCCAGUCAAUCAAGUGGAUUCGAUCAAUUCAUACGCACGGCAAGCUCGCAAUAAUUUUCACGCCAUAACCGCCCACUCCAUAGAUUUGUACCACCUUCUUGGGCAGCUUGGUCGGUACUGCAGACUGGUGGUAGAAAGUGGGGACCGGAAUCUUGAGUAUGAAGCAGAAACUGAGACAAGCCUCCAUUCUUACACGUCUAUUGAGUGUGAUCCCGCGGCAAGAUUGCUCACUGAAGCUUUCCGCAAGCACGGUCUGCUUUUACUGUACCGCUUUUGCGGGAAGCCAGGAAUAUCUAGCCCGGGGAUUCUUGAACCGAUGGCCGUUUCAACUUACACGCGCCAGCUUGCGCUGGAAGUCAUUGAUCUCAUCUUGCAGACUCCGCCUGACUCGCCUUGUCUGAAUCUCCACGCAAUCCCUCUGUUGAGUGCUGGGGCAGAAAUGACAUCGUUUGAUAUAGAAGAGCGCAAUGGUGUCCGGCAGAGGCUGAAUGCAGUGUAUUCCACGAACCGUCUGGUGCCGACUUUGUGGGUUAUCGAUCUCCUGGAGGAGCUAUGGGUGUUGCAUGAUGCUGGUAUAACGCACAUCACAUGGCUGGAGUUGAUGCUGAUCAAAAACUGGAGACUUAGAGUUGGAUGA